CCUUUCCCCCCUCCUUCUGCGGGCUUCCUUUUGUUGGAGAAUGAAGAAGAUUAAAAAGAGCCAAGGAAAUUGAUAUUAAGGCACUGCGAGCCCAACUUUGUGCGCCGCCAAUUUCUUGAAGGCAGACACUGAAAAUCAGCCAUGGAUAUUGCAAUUAGACUGUAAGAGACUCUACUGCUCUUACUAUCAAUUUCUGAUGAUUUUCGUCGCAGUACCAAGGGGUGUCAACGCUCGUACCCUUGAUCGUCUGCUGAGAGUAUUGCUGCUGCUGCUGCUGCUGAAUAGGCUCAUCAAUGGUUUAGUCUAUUAAUAUGAUCAAAAGCACUGGAAUGGCCAAUUCAAUAGACUGCUCUGAAGCCAGAGUGAAGAGAGUUGAGUUUCGAGGAUCUAGUCGAAUGUCAAAGAAGUUAAAAAGAACAAUGUUGGCUUCUCAUAAGGGAGAUAAUGAUGCAGCAGAAAGCCAAGGUAGAUUGGGUGAUUUACCAGACAACCUGAUCCACCAUAUAUUGUCAUUCAUGGAAACGAAGGAUGCAAUUCGAACUAGUUUUUUAUCAAGAAGGUGGAGGUAUAUGUGGACUUCAGUUCCCUGCCUGAACUUCAACAGCAAAUCAUUUUCAAGGCUGGCUGAUUUUAAAAGAUUUGUGAAGCGGGUCCUAUCCCAACGUGAUACUUCUCAUAUCAAAGCUCUGACUUACUGUCGCUUUGGGGUGGAUUAUGCAACGGAUCAAUCUCUAUUGAAUAAGGUUAUUGAAUUUGCAACUUCACAUGGUGUUGAAGAAAUCCGAAUCAACCUUCGUGGGAAAAGCUCUGGUAGUCCUCCCAUUGAAAUCCCUUCCUCCCUAUUUGCUUGCCGGUCCUUGAAAAGGAUUGAGUUGAAAGACUGCCAUCCUACAAAUGUCCCACCAUCUGUUGGCUGCAAAUCAUUGGAAAUGUUGCAUCUUGAACAUUUUCCAUUGCAUCCUGGUCAAGCUAAUUCUUCAAAUCCAUUUUCUAGUAUACAGAAGCUUUUUGGUUUUACAAAGUUAACAACUUUGCAUCUCAACAGCUUUACUUUAAGUUGUACAGGAACUGGCCGUCUGGAUCCAUUUGCUGAUUGUGUAAAUUUGAAGAAUUUGCACUUAAGUGAAAUUUGCUUCAAGUCAGAUUUGAACCCGAGGGAUUUUGUGAUAUCUGCACCCCAACUCAGUAACCUUACACUAGUGUGCAACCGUUUGAAAUGUAAACUCGUAGUUGCUGCCCCGCAGCUUACCAAUUUCAGCUACAUUUACUCUUCUCCAUGUGCCCUUUUUGACUUUGGUCUUCCUUCUUUGGAUGACUUGACAAUUGAUAUUCAUGAGCUGCAUGAUCAAUUAGAAAUUUAUCAACGGAGGCAUAGAGAAGAGACUUUACAUGGUUUCAUCAAUGUGCUAUGGCGACACCAUAAUGUUGAAGCUGUUAAGCUAUCCUUCCAUACAGUCAUGGCUACCUGUGGGGCUGCUGCCUUGCUAAAGUGUGAGGAUUCAUCUUUUAUUAAGUCAAAGUCAUUGAAUUUAGGAGUGGGAUCAACAUAUAAAAUCUUCAUUAGCGACGUUGACCGCAUAACUGCCUACUAUCGCAGUUUCUCUCAGCAUACAGACUUUGAAAUCUCAACCUUUUAAAGAUGUUGAAACAGAUGAGGAGAAUCAGAUGGACGUUAAACUGGAUCCAUGGAAAGUAAACAAAGAUGAGUAGUGGGUACAUGGUAGAUUUUUAGUCACAGGAUUGGGAUAUUCUGGCACAGGUGGUUUUAUAGGAUUUAGUUUUCACAGGGAUAGGAAAAUUUUAAAUACUUUUUUCUCCUUUGUAAGUCUUGAAUUGUAGUCAAUACUUCAGUUAAAUUCAUAAUAUAGUCUUAUUGUAUUAAUUUUUGUUCCGAUAUGUUGUAGAAAUGUGAAUUGAGUAUCCUUUUUUGUUUUUAUAGAAAGAACUCUGAGGGUAUUAAUGAAUGAGAAAUACCCGGCUAA